AUGGAAUUAGAAACAGAAAUUCCAAUAUGGUUUCAUGGAAGAGUUAAAUGGAUAUCAAAUUUAAGUUCUCGUUCAACUUGUUCGGAUGUAAUUCAAGCAAUAUUAUCAUCAUCAUCAUCAUCAUCAUCAUUAAAUAUUGAUUCAUCAAAAAAAAGUCAAGAUUAUCAAUUAUAUGAAUGUUGGCGUGGAAUUGAAAGACCAUUAAAAGGUCGUUGUCGUCUUCUUAAAUUAUGGAAAUCAUGGUCUCGAGAAUGUCAGAAUGUUAUAUUAACAGUUCGAUCUCCAGAAGAACAAACAAUUCCAACAUAUAUCCUUAUUCGUCAACAAGAUAAAAAAUUAGAUAAAUUAAAACGUCAACUUCAAAAAACUGAUAAACAAAUUGAGUCAUUUAAUUUAAUAAAUAAAUUCAAUGAUUAUGAUAAUAAUAAUAUAUUAUCUUAUUUAAAUAUAUAUCGUAGAAUAAAUCGUUUAAAUAAUGAUAUUGAUUAUCAAGAUAAAUUAAUAUUAAGUUUAAAAUCUGAUAUUGAAAAUGAAUAUAAUCAAGAUUCAUUAGAAAAUGAUUUUAUUAAUAUUUUAUAUGAUGUUAAUCAAACAUUAAUUUCAAGUAGAAAAUUAACUCAAUUAUCAGAUGAACUUGAUCAAAAAAUAACUAAAAUAAAUGAAGAUAUUGAUCAAAAACAAAUUUUAUUAGAUGAUUUAGAAUUAGAUUAUGCUUUACAAGAUAAUAUUGAUCUUGAUAGUCUUGAUGAACAACAUCAACAAAUAUUUAAUUCAAAACAAAUAUCUCCAUCACCUCCUCCGAACAUUAUUCCAAUAAAAACAUUAACAGUUCAAAGUCGUCCAACAGCAAUAGUUGAACCAAGUCUAUCAACAUUUAAAUCAAAAGAACAUUUAUCUAAAACAAAAACAUAUCCAUUAUCAUUGAAUAAUGUUAAUAUUGAAGAAAAUUUAUCAAAAAAAUUUAAUAUUGGUUUAACUUGUUUAUCAAUUCACUAUAAUGAUAAAUUAAAUACAUCAAAUAACGAUCAAACAGAUCGAAGAUUUAUUCCAAUGCACUUAAAUCAUCAACAAUUAGUUACACUUGUUUAA